AGAUUUAAAAAGCCCACUCGACCGUUUCACUGAAUUCGCUCCUACUCUCUCUCUCUCUCUACAAGUGCAAAAUCCAUGGCAGAUCAAGCAUCGGACCAAUCAAUAAUGGAGUCCAAGCCGCUGCACCCGCUCUGCCAAAUUGCAGAGACCCCGACCCACAAGCUCCUCCUCAAGCAGUGGCUCAAGGAAGAAGAGCUCAUCCUCUCUCGCAUCUCCCUCAAGGAGACCCAGAUCGACUCCGUCCGCAGCGAGAUCACCCACCUCCACAUCUCCUUCUUCCUCUUCCACUCCCUCUCUCUCCUCCUCCUCUUCACCAUCCCUAGGGACGCGGCCGCGGCCGCAUGCCGCCGAUCCUGGAUGCCCUCGCUGUGCUCGCUCGCCCUCUCUCUCGGCAUCGCCUGGGCCGUGAGGUACAAGACCGACGUGGAGGUCCACUUGGAGAAGUUGCUGGAGAGGGAGAAGGAGGAUGCCAAGUUGCUGGGGAAGUGCGUGGAGGAGUUGAAGAAGAAGGGUGUCGAGUUCGAUCUGUUGAAGGAGGUCGACGCGCUGAGGAGGGCGAAGAGCUUGCGCGUGGAGGCUAAGCCGGUGAGGAAGUGGUCGGCAAGGGACUUUGUGACUCUGUUCUUCUUUGCUGUGUCUUGCCUUGUGCUGGGGCUGAUGAGGGUCAUACUUUGCGAUUAGGAAAUUUAUACAGUGUCGUAAAGUCGGGUUUUUUUUUUUUGGAUGGGUCAUUUGGUAAAUGGCUUUUUUGAGGAAGAGCUUAUUUGUCUGUGUUGCCAAAUUUCGUUAGAAUUGGAUGUUGGGCAUAUGCAGAAUAUGCUAUUCUGCUUUUGUAAUAUGGAUUCUUAUGGGAAGUUGAAUAAGCGUUUA